UCAACUUGGGAGCACCAGUAUCUCUGCCUGGCGCGCGAUGAGUGCAAGGAGAUCCUUGAGGGCAUCCAGGAGGAGUUGAGGCCGGCAGAGAAUCACGGGCGGCUGGAUGCCUCCCCAAAGCGCCUGGACGCCAGAUCUCUGUGGAAGAGCAGCCACCCACUGGCCAGGCAGUUCCAG